AUGCCCGCGAAUAUGAUGCCCCGCAGCGCACUGGCGCUGGCGCUGCUGCUCUCCGCCGUCCUCUCUGGCCUGGGCGCCGCCUCCGCGCAGGCGACCGGCAUCCUGAGCAAGCCAGCUCAGCAGGUGAAGGAGAACCGCAUUUCGGCGAAGAAUGCAGUGCUGCUGCUGCUGGACCACCAGACGGGUCUGUUCCAGCUGGUGCGUGACUCAUCGGUGACUGACUUCAAGACCAACGUCCUCGCGCUCGCCGCCACGGCCAAGCUCUACGGCGUCCCCACCAUCCUCACCACCAGCCUCGAGGGCGGCCCCAAUGGGCCCAUCCUGCCGGAGAUCCGCGCGAUAUUCCCCAACGCCACCCUCAUCCCGAGGCCGGGGGAGAUCAACGCGUGGGACAACACAGACUUUGUGAAGGCCGCGACCGGCCGCAAGAAGCUGCUCAUCGCCGGCAUUGUCACCGAUGUCUGCGUGCUCUUCCCCACGCUCAGCGCCCUCGCCGAGGGCUACGAGGUGUACAUCGUCACCGACGCGAGCGGCACCUUUUCCGCCCCCGUCCGCGACGCCGCGCUCGCGCGUGCCACUGGCGCGGGCGCCGUGCUCAUCAACUGGUUCGCGGUGGCCUGCGAGCUGCAGCGCGAUUGGCGCCUGGGCCCGAACUCGGGCCUGGGCCUGGCAAAGCUGCUGUCUGUCUACCUUCCGGAGUAUGGGAAUCUGAUAUCGAGCCACUCCGCCGCCGUCGCGGUCGGCAAGACCUCGGGCUGA